UGCAGAUUUUUCGUUUUAUUAAACAAAUGUAUUUAAUUUAAUUAAGCUUAAGGUUCUGUGUAACAAUUUAUAUAAGUAAUUUAAUAAUAAAGAAUGUUUACUCAAAGAGGAUCCGUUCUGUGUAAAAACUGGUGCAAGCACAGUCAGAGCAUAACAGUGAAAAAUAUUUCAAGUUCUCAAAAAUAUUUGGCCACUGUUGCAACACCAAAGGAAACUGUGUCUGAUAUCCCACCUCAGUGGAAUGAAGCCAAACCAUAUUCUGAAAUACCUGGCUCUAAAUCGGCCUUUGAGGCUAUGAGAAAUUUUUUACCAGGAGGUAAAUAUCAUAACAAAUCUUUAAGGAAUGUUCAUAGAUUGAUGAACCGUGAGUACGGUGAUCUGGUUAAUUGGAAGGGCGUUCUCGGAAAGCCAGAUUUUAUUUUGGCAUUUAAUCCUAAAGAUAUAGAACAAGUAUAUCGUAACGAAGGACCAAUGCCAAACAGAAGAGAAUUUCAGAUUUUCUCCUAUUACAGAAAAAAACUUCGCCCAGAAAUUUAUGGAGAAUAUGGUGGUCUUUUUGUCGAACACGAUGAAAAAUGGAAAGACUUAAGGGGAAAAGUAAAUCCAGUCAUGAUGCAACCAAGAGUUGUUAAGCAAUAUAUAAAAUCUGUAGAAAACGUAUCUGAUGAAUUUAUAACAAGAAUGGUGCGUCUGCGCGAUUCAAAUCAAGAAAUGCCAGCAGAUUUUAUGGAUGAAUUAAAUAAGUGGUCCUUGGAAUCUAUUGGCAGUAUUGCCCUGGACGCAAGAUUAGGAUGCUUGGAAGACAAUGUUGGUGUUAAUUCAGAUUCUGGAAGAAUGAUCCAAGCCGUUCAUGAUUUUUUCUAUUUAACUUUCAAACUAGAAAUUUUACCUUCUCUCUGGAAAUACAUUCCUACGCCUAGCUUCAGGAAAUUGACAGCUGCUUUGGACGUAAUGACAGAAAUUUCUUCGAAGAAAGUUGAUGAAGCAGUUGAACGUAUCAAAAAUAAUCCAAAUCCUAAGUCUGACUCGGAAGCAAGCGUAUUGGAAAAAUUACUUAAAAUUGAUAAGAAAAUUGCUGUAGUCAUGGCCAUGGACAUGUUGCUGGCAGGAGUCGAUACAACGUCAAAUACUACCGCUAUACUGCUGUAUUUUCUUGCUGCAAAUCAAAAAUGUCAAGAAAAACUACGAUCAGAAAUAUUGACAAUCUUACCAGACAAGGAUUCUAAAUUAUCAAGUGAUUCUUUCAAAAGAAUUCCUUAUUUAAGAGCUUGUAUGAAAGAAGCAAAUCGAAUAAUUCCUAUUUUAGGAGGCACUAUCAGAAAACUGCCGGUAAACGUUGUUUUAUCCGGUUAUCAAGUUCCGAAAGGGACUGAAAUAGUGGUAAGUCAUCAAACAGCAUCAAUGAACGAAAACCAAUUUCCUGAUUCAAAAAAGUAUAAACCUGAACGAUGGUUAAAUGCAGAAGAAGCUGAAGGUUGCCCUUUGGCAAAAAAUGCAAAUCCUUUUGCUCACAUGCCCUUUGGAUUUGGACCACGCAGUUGUGUCGGAAAAAGAUUCGCUGAUUUAGAAAUUGAAACUUUUGUAAUGAAAUUGUUUAGAAAUUACAAACUUGAAUGGAAUUAUGAUGAAUUGAAAGUAGCUAGUAGACUGAUUACGCAACCUGUAUCACCAUUGAAAUUUAAGCUGACAGAAAUUUAA